CCCCGGAUCUACCGGAGAAAUAAUUGUUACCAUCAUCGCUUCUUUAUUUCCUCCGCGCGCAGUCCUUCGAGCCAGCACGUCCGUUGCUCUCAUUAGCGUUUUAUCUCGCAUUUCAAGUCAUACAAUCGCCGUCAUCAUGUCGGACAGCGCAGGCAAUAAGGGCGAUCCGGUAGUCACUACGCCGGCUCCUAUCACUGGUCUCUCCCAGCCACUUGCUGUCCCCGGUCUAUCAUCGGAAUCCACAGAGGCUUUGAAUACCACUUCUCGCCUGGACAGUACAAGCGAUGAGACUCAGGAACCCAGUUUGACGGACGGCAAAUCAGCAGAUGUCGCCGAAUCCCCCGCACAAGCACGUGCUUGCCAGCAGAAUCCCAGCGACGCUCCAUCAGCCAGCGCAUCGGCUGGCCAUCACGGCGAGCCGAAAUCCCCAGUAGCCGCUGGCGAGGCUUCGCCUCAGGAUCUGAAGGAAGAGGCAGACUCGGGACCACACCUGGUCAUCACUUUGCUAUUAAUUACUGGCUCGCGACACCCCUUCAAGAUCGAUGCCACAUAUCUCAAGAAGCAAGCGGUUAAUGUUGAGAAUUAUGAUCCGUUCGCCAUGAGCGUAUACACGCUGAAGGAGCUGAUAUGGAGAGAGUGGCGACAGGACUGGGAGACACGGCCGUCUUCUCCAAGCUCCAUCCGACUGAUCUCCUUCGGAAAGCUCCUGGAUGACAAAUCCCCACUAUCAGACUGCCGGUUCAACCGAGAUGCUCCCAAUGUGGUGCACAUGACAGUCAAGCCCCAGGAGAUCGUGGACGAGGAUGAUGCGAAGGGGGCCAAGGCCCAGUACAGUCGUGAACGGGAAUCCAGCGAGCGUAGCCCUGGAUGCCGCUGCAUCAUUCAAUGAGCACAGACCUUGAAGUUGGUAUCUGCAGAGAUCAUAGGCUAUGAAGACCGCUACCCUACGGGAAUAGACUUUCCCGGGU